AUGUCGAUGUUGAUCAGAACCGGGACUUUGGUCCGCAAGAAUACCCGGAAGUCCUCUGUGCGCAGGACCAAAUCUGUUGGGAGUACAACAUCCGGUGGCCAUGUUCGUGCUUCUGAUGACGGAGACGGGCAGUCGAUGUCCUCAGUGCCGCCAUCGCCUGUUGCCAAGUUGCAUCACCUCUACACCGACCACAGCAACAACAGUUCUCCAGGCAAGUCUAGCCUGGCCACAACUACAAGUACCAUAGUGUCUUUAGACGACAACCGCCUGACCUACAAGAUUUCACUGGACAAGAACUUCCCUGCAAGCUCCAAUAGCCAGAGCACCAGUUUGCAGAUAGUGGAGGCUAAUGUGGAGGCUGACAACGUCUGCCAGUUCUUGUGUACAGCCGCGCAGAUCAUCUGCAGCAGCAGUAAGUACUAA